CUGGUAGUUGAACUACACGCGUCGCUGCGUGCGGCCUGAAAAAAACGAGAGCUGGUGGUCGCGAUCGAAAAUCGUAAAUUAGCAGGUCGAGAGUGUAGUGUAAAGUGUAGUUUAAAUCAGGGUAAUUCCUCAACCUUAAGCAAGAGAAGGCGAAGAGAUUGAUGAGAUGAUAAAUAAAUAAGCAGCUGAGAAUCGUACGCCCACAACUGUAAACAUCGCAAGUCAAUGUAUACUGUUUACAUAAGAUGUACCUGGUGCACUUAAAUACUGACUAAGCCAAAGAGGAGCGAUCACAAUGCCUCUAACUGAUUGACUCGUCUAGUGAUGAUGAUCAAGAAUAUAUAUACUUUAUAGGGUCGGAAAUGUCUCCUUCACUGCGUUGCAAACUUCUGACUGAAAUUAUAAUACCCUCUGCAAGGGUAUAAAAAUGAUGUACCUGGUGCACUUAAAUACUGACUAAGCCAAAGAGGAGCGAUCACAAUGCCUCUAACUGAUUGACUCAAUGUGUCAGAGUUAUAAUUUUGAUAAUAGGAUGCUCACAUUGCGCAAGCUAAAGAACAACUGUCCAACUCCACCUUAGCAAACGCUGACAUCAACACGCGCACAAAACGCAAACAGAGACUAAAGACCAUGCCAAAAUAUCAGAAGCUUGAUACAUCCGUGCCGCCCCACGGCUACGAAGACGACUGCGAAGAGGGCGUCGCGCUGUACGUUGAUGAUAAUCAGACGGAUCCGGGCCUCCAGCAGGAGCCAACCAAUCGAGCAGGUCGCCUGCCAAACGUCUACGGAAAUAAACACAGCCUUAACAACAACGGCGUUAAGAGCUGUGUGGUAGCAACAAAGACGAAAACCGACCAGACUCCGGAGGAACAGACAUGGGAGGUGCCCCUCCUGUGCAGUGAUGACAACGCAGGCAUGGAGCACUUGCAGCACUCGGACCACGAGCGAAUGGAAUAUGGUAUGGAGCUAGAGUGCCGCAGCCGUCAGCCAGGAUUCGGGGCCAAUCGUAGGAGCAAAUCAGCACAGGAGGCCAAAUCUAAGAUUCUGCUCGCGGUGUCCCUGUGUUGCAUCUUUAUGAUCAUUGAGUUCCUUGGCGGCUACGUGGCCGGAAGCCUAGCCAUUAUGACGGAUGCAGCCCAUUUAGCUUCUGAUUGCAUUAGUUUCGUCAUCGGCCUGGUCGCCAUUUGGGUGGGCGGUCGACCCCCGGACGAGCGCAUGUCCUUUGGUUACAAACGCUUCGAGGUCAUCGGCGCUCUGGCCUCUAUACUGGGAAUCUGGCUCCUGACCUCCUUGCUCGUCGUGGUGGCCAUUCAGAGGAUCUACUCUCAGGACUUUGAACUGAACGUCGACAUGAUGAUGGUCAUAUCCGGCAUUGGUAUCGCCAUUAAUAUUGUAAUGGUGUUUGUUUUGCAUGGCUCCUGGUUCGUGGGAAAUGGACACGGCCACUGUCACGGUCAUAGUCACAGACCCAGUCACGAUCACUCGCACACCCAAUCACUUACUGAGGCUGGUAGUGAGAGCUUUCUGAUGACGGAGGCAGCAGCACCAUUGGAGACGACUGAUAAACUUACAAACGGUCAUAACAUUGUUAUUACAAAUGGGACGCAACCAUUCCAGCAGACUGGGGCGACAUACUCGCAAAUAACUCACGAAGAGAAAAAUUUGAACUUGCGAGCAGCUAUGAUUCAUGUGAUUGGGGACCUGGUUCAGAGCGUUGGCGUUUUUUUGGCCGCAGUCCUUAUCAAAAUUUACCCAAGUGCUAAAUAUGCGGAUCCGCUGUGCACGAUACUCUUCUCUAUAAUUGUAAUAAUAACGACGGUGCAGCUUUUUCGAGAGUCUUUGGCCAUCCUCCUGAAUGCAGUGCCACUAAGCCUUAGCUUGCGCACCCUGCAUUGCGAGCUGGCCAACCUCGAUGGGGUCAGAUCGGUACACCACCUUAACGUGUGGCAACACACCACCCAGCAACGUGUGAUGAUGGUGCAUCUCGUCACAGAUUAUCGAUCUGACAGAAAUGAGAUACUUCAGGCGGCCACAAAGCUUGUUUCCGGCCCGAGAUACAACGUGUGGCAUUCUACCAUUCAAUUAGAACAAGCCUCUGCGUAGCUCUAAUAAGCAAUAAACCACCCCAAAAUUUAUUAUAAGCUUCUAAGUUCUGACCUACCAAAGGCAUCGAAGGCGUUUUGUGAUUUUAGCCACUCAUGUAUUUUUUACUUUAUCCAUGUCGUCAAGUUAGCUACUUUGUGCAUCUGCUUAAGGACAACAUACUUUGGAAAAUAUAUUUAGAAAUUUUAGUCAUGUUAGGCCAAAGAAAAUAUAUUUUAAGUUUAAUUAAUAUAACCCAACAUUUUUUAUAUAUACAAUGCA